UUAUUUGAUGAGCCAAAUUGUCUACCCUCCCCUUUGGGUUGACGCAACUUUAAAUCACAAAAAAAAAAUAAACUUGCGUUGAAGCAUGACGGAUUUCCAGUGGCCUUGGGAAUAUACAUUUCCUCCAUUUUUUACUUUGCAACCUCAUGAAGAAACUCGACAACAGCAACUCAAUGUUUGGUCAGAUUUGUUCCUCAAGUAUUUGAAGCAUUUGAACAAAUUCACGGUAAACAUAUACGACAGCUCUUUCCCCUUGUACAACAAUGAAACUCUCAAAAGGAAACUAUCGCCCAACAUGAUAUUACAAAUUUUGGAAAAUCUUCGAAAAACGGGACAUGCACGCCCCUUCGAUAAAAAACAAACCGAGUGGCAGGUGUAUUGGUUCACCCUGGACGAAUAUGGCAAUAUGAUUUACGAUUGGAUACAGGAAACCGGACAAGUCAAUACAGUUUGCACAUUGUACGAAAUAGCACACGGCGAUCUGACCGAAGAAAGGGACUUUCACAAAAUCGAUGAUGAUGUGCUCCUGAACGUUUUACGAAACUUGGAAGAUAAGGGAAGAUGUGAGUUGAUAGAAAUGGAUGGUAGUUAUGGUGUUAAAUUUUUCUAAUGUUAAUAAAAAUUAUGUUUUUUUU